UUGGAAUUUGAAGUCUUACACUGUGAGCAGGUCGGCAGGCUCCUACAUUAUAUCUGUUAAAAACACAUAUACUUCUCCUGUACCCUCAGCGCCAGCGCUUGUAUUGCACCCGAGACCCUGCUGGUAGUGGACGGAACGCUGUCUGUGUAUUUUGCGGGCUAGAAAUGAGUCCUACUGACGCCAAACGCGGAACGAAGCGCAGGAAGAAUAAGCGGGGUGGCGGCGCAGGCGCAGGGAAGGCCGGAGCUCCGCCAACACCCUCCAGCAGCGCCGCACACGGAGACCCGAGCACCAUCCCCUGCCUCAAAGGAGAGGUUCCACUGAAUGGCGCACCACAGUUUUCAGAAGGGCCAGUGAACGCUGACUUCUCGGGAGUCCUUCAGAACCCGUUCACUUUCGGGGUGAACCAGAGGGCCCCCUACACCACAAGUGACCGUUGCCUGCUAUGUCGAAGUGAACGCAAGGACACCAUCUCCCAGGAUAUGGGAGGAUCCGGGCAGAAUGGCACCUCCCAGUCACCCAAAUCUCCCAGUGCCAUGCAACUGCCUCUGUACGUCUGCUCCGACUGCAAACGCACCGUGGAAAAGGACGACCGCCAACACACCUUCGACCAGUCUCUGUUGAAUCAGGACUUCUUAUUACACAUGCCAGUGGGUAAUGGCGGUUUGUCCCAGGAGCCUAUAGGGGCCGGAGGGAGACUGACUGUUGGAGCUCCUACAUUGCCCGCACCAGAUCUCAGCACUCCCCUUACUGCAGACACAGUGUGUAGCUGUGAGGCCUGCUAUGAGCGGAGGGAGAUCACAGCUGAGUCAGAGCGAGAGUCACAGCAGCUGCAGAAUCACUGGUCUGAAGUGCGAUACCUGGUCAGAUGCAUUUAUCGUCAGACAGGGACUCCGCUGGCUGACGAUCAGGAUCAGCCUCUUGACCGGGACAAAGAGAGCAUGAAGGAACUUGUUGACAGGCUCUGUGAGAAGGAUCCCUAUCAGUUAUAUCAGCGUCUGGAGCAGCAGGCGAGGGAGUAUGUGUUAGAGAUGAAGGUGCGACUACUCAAGCAUCUGUCCGUAGGCUCAAAGGUGACCGGUGCCACGGCCCAGGGGCCCCCACAGGCCCACCAGUUCAUCUCACUGCUGCUAGAGGAAUACAACGCACUCUGCCAGGCCGCCCGCACCAUCAGCAGCUUCCUGUUCACUCUGGAGAACGAGCAUUUACAGAAGUUCCAAGUUACAUGGGAGCUCCAUAAUAAGCACCUUUUUGAGAACCUUGUGUUCUCUGAACCUAUCCUGCUCAACAGUCUACCUGCUUUAGUGGCCCAGCUCAGGCAGGGCACAACAUCCCAUGACUCAUACAGUGAGGAUAUGUACCGUAUGCUGCUGGGGAGAUACCAUCAGCUGGACCAGGAGAUGAGUGCAGUGGCUCUAGAAUGGCUGGAGUGCGAGAAGAGGAUUGAUGACUAUGUCGAUGAGCAGUUGCUUUUCAAGGUUGAAGGUCAGAAUCUCACAAAUCAAAGGACAGAACCACAUAAGUCAUUAAUUAAUAGAAAUACGUCUUUAAGAAAUAAGCAAUGGAUGCUCAAAGAAGAUGCAGAGAUCUUCAAACAGAAAAGGUUUUUUGAAGAGCAGUUCUUACCGAACAGUAAGAAGUCUCAUGGUGGUGACCGUAAGUUCACAGACACAGUGAAACAGAUGCUGUCCUCCAGACUGAGCAUCCCAGACUGUCCCAACUGCAACUAUCGACGAAGAUGCACCUGUGAUGACUGCAGCCUGUCUCACAUCCUCACCUGUGGCAUCAUGGAUGCCCCUAUGGCAGAGGACCUGCAUCUGAAGCUGCCCCUGCACGCAGAGCCUCCUCGGGACUACCUGUCAGAGGUGCACCCCCCUAGCAUGUCAUCGGGCAGCUCAGGUUCAGGCUCUGCCCCAGGCUCCCCCAUCACCAUACAGCAGCACCCGCGCCUCAUCCUGCCACCGGAUGGCACCACCACAUUUGAUGAUGAAGUGCCUCCGUUGUCUGCCAUCUAUCCUCUGAGUGGGUACGAGGACCCUGCAGUGGUGGCCAGCAUUAAUGGCAUCCACAGCCAGCUUAGUGGAGGGGAAGAGAGCGUGACCCUUAAAGAUAAAUCUCCACGGGGGAGCAGCAGCAGUAGUAGUUCCUCUGAAGGUGAUGAGGAGGAAGGGGAGAGUGGUGGGGAGCCUCCAGGCCAGAAGGUAGCACUCUCAGGAGGGAAAAAUAACUGUCCUCCUCCAUCAUACCCUCACACACAGGUGGAGCAGGUACAGCAUCCUUGCGAGUGUCAUGUGUGUAAUCAGGGCUCUGGGGACUGUAGCCCCUCCAGCAUGAGCUCCACCUGUCUGCCUAACAGCAGGCUGCACGCAGGGGGGCACCAUUUCUUCUCAGAGAAGACGCCAGCCUACCCUGCCCUCCACCUCUACCCCAACAUCCACGGCCAUCUCCCCCUACAUAACCUUUCCCACCUGCCCAGACCACUGCUACCCACUCUCUACUCCACCCCUCCGCUCACACACAGCAAGACUCUCCCUCCCAACCCCACGUCCAGUCACACAGGCGUGAAGCAGCAAGUUUUCAAUCCCAGCCUACCAGAACAUGUCUACCAGAGCUGUUUCAGCACGGCGGGGGACUGGAAUGGCUCUUUGCCAUUCCCCUCGCUCAAGCUAGAGAGCCUCUGGGACACGCACAUGAUGAAAAACUGGAACCCUUCAGUGCUGCUCCAGGAGCCACUACCUGGUGACAUGCUGGGCCCUCCCCUUCCCGACAUGCCCCUUCUGUCCUCCAGUUUGGACCCUACUGCCACCCCCCACCCUGCCCCAGACGGCAAAGAGAAGAAAAAUGGCACUAAAAAGAAGUGUCUCUUCAACUACCAAGAUGCCUUCAUGGAGGCCAGUGAAGUGGUGAUGGCCACUUCCUCUGCCACCUCUUCUGUCUCCAGUAACCCCACCACUGUCCAAUCGAAUGAUGUUUUCCAUAAUUUAGGUAAAGAGGACCAUAGACAUCCGACUCCUGUUGCGCCUAGGAAUAGCCCCACCAGUCUUGCAUCUCUCCCCCCUCUCUGCGGAACCUCACACCCCUCUGUCCCCAGCACACACCUGCCCAGUAUAGGCACCCAGCCCUUCCCAAAGACUGUAACUCAGACCCCAGGCUUCAUGGACAUCCAUCAAGGUCUGUGCUUGUCAUCUGGUGAGCAGCCAUCAGUCCCCGUCGAAGGUCUUGUCAGUGGUCCAAAUAGUGUUUGCAGUGAUCCAGACUGUGAGGGUCAUCGCUGUGAAGGGAAUGGAGGCUAUGAGCACCAGCCUUAUGAAGGGGAGGAGAGCCCAGAUGAGGAUAGCAGCUCGGAGCAUAGCUCCUCCACAUCCACCUCCACCAAUCAGAAGGAAGGAAAGUACUGCGACUGCUGCUACUGUGAAUUCUUUGGUCACGGAGGGCCACCUGCUGCACCCACCAGCAGAAACUAUGCAGAGAUGCGGGAGAAGUUGCGACUCCGACUGACUAAGCGGAAGGAGGAACAGCCUAAGAAGGAAGAAUUGCUGCUGGAGCGGGAUGGGGUGGAGGAUCAUCGCAAGGUGGAAGACCUACUGCAGUUCAUCAACAGUGCAGACAACAAACCAACUAGCAGCUCCAAAGCAGCCAAACGUGCCCGCCAUAAACAGAAGAAGCUGGAGGAGAAAGCCCGUCUAGAGGCAGAGGCUCGGGAACUGGAGUUACAGCAGCAGAUUCUGAAGGAACAGAGGAGGCGGCAGCAGGAGGAGGAGGCAGCACUCAAGCAAGAGCUGCUCCGUCUGCAGGAAAUGCAGCAGUUGCGUGCAUCCAAAAAGAAAAAGGACAACAAAGCCAAGGAGGCAAUUAAGUCUGAAAAUCCUCCUCUUGUUCCAACAACCAACAACCCUCAGCCUCUUCGGCAGACAGCACAGAGUGUUUUGGAAAAGAAUAUGCAGAACGGCAAAAACAGGCUCCUGCAUAGUCUCAUCUGCCUUGGUCCUAAAGAGCCUUGUCUAGAGCUUGAACCCCCCAUCAGUGGGAAGAAUGGUGCAUCCCAGCAGCCAAGCCCAAAGACCUGCAAAGAGAGGCCUUCUGAGCCUCCUGCCCUCCAGAAUGACACCUCCUCCCACCCAGAGUCAACCCACAACAAGGCAAAACCCAAACAGCAACCCAAUGGCUCCAGAACCAAUGGUGAGUCCACCAAGAGGCCGGCUGAGACCUUUAAAGCUCCAGAGCAUCCAAAAGCUGGGAAUGGGCCCAGCUCUCAAACUGACACCAAAGCAAAGCAAAGAACAUUGGAAGAGUCAGCAAAUGAGCUCAAAAAGGAGGAGAGGACUAAUGGAACUAAACAGCAGAAUGGAGGGAAAGAUGAGAGGAACUCUCCUGUUAUUGAGUCUCCAGCUGUAGACCCUCCUCAGCAAAACGGCAAAGGCCUUAACAAUGAGUCCCCUCAGCCCAAAGGCAAGGUCAAGAAGAAUAAGAAGAAAAAAGGAGAUAAGAUGAAUAACUCAAUCGAUGAUGUAUUUCUGCCCAAAGACAUAGAUCUAGACAGUGUAGAAAUGGAUGAGACAGAGCGUGAGGUGGAAUAUUUCAAAAGGUUCUGCUUGGACUCAGCACGACAGACAAGACAGAGGUUGUCCAUCAACUGGUCCAAUUUUAGCUUGAAGAAGGCCACAUUUGCUGCCCAUUAAUGGGUCUUCCUUUCAUGAGACAAUGGCAGGAAUCCAAAAGCGUUCCUCCCGAUUCUUCUCUCUCCCAUGUUCAUACAGACUGACUGCUGACCCCAGUGCUGCUAUGCUUCAACCGCUCCUCUGGUCUACAUUAUCCAUGCUGCCUUGCCUUGUCCUUGUUGUUGUGGGUUCCUCAAAGAACCCAAAAUGGGCUUAUAUUCCUGCAGUACAUCUGGAGAAGAAAAAAAUAGCAAAGUCAAAAGAAACCACAAAAUGCUACUCUAUUUUAUUUUUUUUUUUCUCUCUCUCUGAGUUUUUUGUUUUGUUUUUCCCUAUUUAUUUUUCAAGCAUGUGUGCUUUUUGUCAGUGAGUGGAGCAUUUCUCUGAGGUCUAUGCCAUGUUCUGGGUUUUCUCUGGCCUUCACAGUUGUCAAGAUGCUUUAUGUACUUUAGGAUGAAGGCACUGCAUAAAAGACAUGCUUAAAGAAAAAAGAUGAAUUGAAAAAAAAUAUAUACUUUUCAAAUCAACUGUGGCUUUGCUCACCUUUGCACCUAGCACUGCACCUCCUCACAACUCCUUGUCAAGAGAAUCGGACUGGUCAGCUUCACUUCAUUGCUCUCUCUCUCUCCCUUUAUCGGGAGAGCGGCUAAUACUUGACAAUGUUCACAUCAGUUUUUAAGUUCCAUUUAAAAAUUGUUCAAUUUUUUUUCUCUUUUUUUCCAAGCUUGUAUCAGAAUACUUUCAAAAAUCAAAUUGAAAAGAACAAUACUCACACUAUCAAUCUGUUAUAGAGUGUAUAUUGUAUUAACACUGAAGCCAGACUGGCUACUUUUUAACAUAUUGUUAAGUAAUAUUAAAAUCUUGCCUUUCUUUUUGAAAGAUGGAAUACAGUAGAGUGGCAGGAUCUUUCUGUGUCAAUGUCUUUUUUCCCCAUUUGGGGUCAAAUCCUGUGGUUGCCUGGUUUUAGACUAGCACUUACCAAAUUCCUAUUCUUGUCCAAUAAAGGGGGAAGUACAAAAACGAUUGCAGAUCAACAUAAAAGGAGCACCGUAACCCCUUAUUUGCAUGACUUGGCACCUUGAUUCGGGACCGUCCCUGUAAUUCUGGUAAGAACAUGUGCACGUGAAACACCACAAUGCCAUUUUCACUCAAUGUGUACAGUUUUACACUGGCUUCAUCCAUUUGGAAAACAAUCAUUAUAUUUGUUGUAGCAAUAACAAUAGAUUAUUUUAUAAAAAAAAAUUGUCAUGAAUAGUUUGAGCUUAUUUUUUUGCUUGAUCUUAUUACAGUGUGAAAGGAAUGAGCAAGGUUCAAGCUAUUGUUUUCUCACUAAUCUUUGAAACCAUUUUUUCCAAUCCAAACUAUAAAGAAGUGCUGCUUCAUUUACUUAGAGGUGAAAGCCUGUUGAAGGGGGUGCAGUUAAGUUGCACCUUAAAUUCAAACGAAAGUAGUAAAAGAAUUUAAGAUUUUAUCACAUAACACUACUUUUUUGGCAUUGUGUCCUUUUGCCCUAGUGAAUGCAGAUUGGCACAAAGGUGAUGUUUAUGUUGGCUACUGCAUUUCUCUGAAAUUGUUGCCUUCAGCAUGUCUCCUGAGUGGGAGAAAAUUUGUUUGUAAAAUAUUUAGGGUGUUUAAGGAAUGUUCUGAAUUCAGUACAAAUUAGGCUCAGUUGAAAGCAUUUGUGGCAUAAUUGUGAAAAUCCCAGGAGAUCAGCAGUUACAGAAAUACUCAAACCAGCCCAUCUGGCACCAACAAUCAUCCAUGCGAUUAUCUAAACAGCCAAUCGUGUGGCUGCUGUGCAUAAAGUCAUACAUAUACGGGUCAGGAGCUUCAGUUAAUGUUCACAUCAACCAUCAGAAUGGGGAAAAAAUGUGAUAUCAGUUAUUUGGAGCAUGGUAUGAGUGUUGGUGCCAGAUGGGCUGGUUUGAGUAUUUCUGUAACAGCUGAUCUCCUGGGAUUUUCAUGCACAACAGUCUCUAGAAUUUACUCUGAAUGGUGCCAAAAGCAAAAAACAUCCAGUGAGGGGCAGUUCUGUGGAUGGAAAUGCUUUGUUGAUGAGAGAGGUCAACAGAGAAUGGCCAGACUAGUUCAAACUGACAAAGUUUACGGUAACUCAGAUAACCACCCUGUACAACUGUGGUGAGAAGAACAUCAUCCCAGAAUGCUAUUCUGAGAUGCAGGUUGGCGCUGUUUUGGCAGCAAAAAGGGGACCUACACAAUAUUAGUCAGGUGGUUUAAAUGUUGUGACUGAUGUAUAUUGUUUACAUCUUGUGGCUAUACUUAUGAAACGGUGUGUGUUUUUGGACUGGCCCCAUUCAUGUCUAUUGGUGCCUUACUGUAACCACAGUUUUUAAAUAAACAAGGUUAAUCAAUAUUAUUAUGACACAAAUGCUGUUGAUUGAGCUUAACUUGUAUUGAGCCUGGAAUAUUCCAUUGAAGUCAGCAUGAAAUAAAAAUUUUGUUUAAAUGAAAAACACGCAAUAAAAUCAGCACACUGUUGCUCCCAAAUAAAUUUAAUAAGCUCACCAAACGAUAUACUGUAUGAAUAUGAUGUUUGAACUACAUGCUCUUCAUCAAGUCUGAUGGAGGAAAAAAAAUGUUUGUGCCCAUAAUCUUUUACCAAACUGUUAUAGCUUGCUCCACCUCUAAAACUUCUUAACCUUUUUGACUGAUAUCAACAAGUUCUCUAAUUUUUCAACUUCUUCCCCUCAACCACUUAUUGCCUCAUUUUGGUAUAGAACUGCCACUUUUCACAGUUCCAGUUCAUCAAUUCCUGUUCAGUGAAUCAAUUCCUGCCCUUUUUGUCUAUUAUUGGAAUUGUUUGAAAUAACCCAUUGCAUUAUAGCCUUGCAACAUUUACUGUGCAUACUCAAAAGAAAAUACUCUUUGAUUUCUAAUGAUCAAUGACUGUUCUUGGUCUCAAAAUGUUACAUUUGAUGUAAGAGACAUAUGAUCACUUUAGGUAUUAUAUUGGGACUUCGAUUUCAGCUGUUGAAGUAGAAGGCAUUCAUGCACAAUGUGAUUGUAAAUGCUUGGUUUUUGGUUUUAGCCACUCAUUUGGAAGCCUCAGUUUUCAUGUUCAGAAUAAUCUCCAUUGCUUUCUAAUAAUAUCUUCAAGGUGAAUAAUUUGUCUGAUGGUGGAACAUCCCCUCUGACACAAUUUUGAAGUUCUGAUAAUUUUGAAAUUCACCUUGCCCUAUCAGACUCCUCAUAUUUUCCGGUUUGAAUCCUCCUUGUUUGGGAAUUUUGGAGUGAUAUGUUAAUGAGACAGAACAAUCUGAGAUUCUAAGAAAUGAGUAAGAUUUGCUCAAUCCAUUCUGGUGACCCCUUUUGUGGACCUCUGAAGAAGUGCACUAAAACUGAGACAACUGUAAUUUAUAAACAUGUUGACAUUGAACAGUCAGAUGAUAGAUUUUACUUGGUCUAUUUUAAACUCAGAAACAGAGUAGCUUGAAACCUUUAUAAGAUUUUGGCUUCACACUUCAAAAGUGCAACAAAAAGUGACAAGAUUACCUCACUCUUCAUCAAAAAGUGUUGGAAUCACAGUUAUAAAUGGGAGGAAGGGCAUAUUUUUAAUCUUAGAAACCACUUAAGGACUAUUUCUGAACUCGAGACUCCCACGGAAAGGGAACUUUUGUCACUAUCCGUCAUCAUCAGUCUUUGUUUUAUGCAGGGCUUCUUUUUUUUUUUUUUUUUCACUUCCUGCCAAAAAACUUUUUUGCUCUGGUGGA